AUAGAAAAAUAAGCCCAAACUUCAGUCCCUGAGAAUGAUUCCUCCGUUUGCUGCCUGGACUCAAGCGUAUAAAACGCUUCAGGUGGCAUCACGUAUAGGAUUUGCAGAGCCCUUCUCCACCGAUGGAACUGCAGGCCCCGGCAGCUUAAAGGAGCGAGAGGCGAUCAUGGAUGGGUCGCCACCGAGACAGGAGGAAGAGGCGGCCGUGGGUGGGUUGCCACUGAGACAGGAGCGUGAGGCCGUCGUGAAUGGGUCGCAGCUGAGAGAGGCACGAGAGGCGGCCGCGGAUGGGUCGCCACCGAGGCAUGGGCGAGAGGAGGCUGUUGAGUGGUCAUCGCCGAGGCGUGGGCGAGUUGCAGCCGUGGACCAGUCGCCCCAAAGACAGGAGCAAGAGGCAGACGUGGACUGGUUACCGCUGAGACAGGAACGUAAGGGGGCUUUGGACGGGUCACCACUGAGACAAAAGUGA